CUUGGGCGCCUGAACAUCUCACAGCUUCCUGGAGACUUUUAACAGUUUCAAAACUCUCUACCAAAGGGCAUUAAAAAGGGGGUGUGGGUUUAGAAUUAGCACCCCUCAAGAAAACCCCGUUGGGAAGGGGAUUUCGACAUUAGAACUACUGCUCUCCUCAACUUCUCCAUCAGUUUUCUACCCCUCAUCUCACUUUCCUAAGAAACUUUUUUUUCUCUCUCUCUCCGGAAGAUCAGAGCGAGGCGAGGCUAUCGGCGGAGGCACUUGCGGCGGGCGCAGAGUGCUAUAAGCUGCAGUGCACUGGGAGGGAGCCGAUCCGUUCACCCUGUCUGUUGGACUUUGUGACUCGCUCAUAAUUAUUUUUGCAAAUUGCUCCUUUUGCUCACUCCCGCCCUCCCCUCACCACGAUACUGUUAAUUUCGGUACCGAUUCUAGAAUGACAUCUUUAACCGGGACAGUACCGCGGAUGAUGCGCCCGAGUCCAAGUCAGAACUACAGCAGGGCCGGAUUCCCUUUAGAAGUGUCGACGCCUCUGGGUCAGGGGAGAGUUAAUCAGCUGGGCGGAGUGUUUAUAAACGGCAGACCCCUACCGAACCAUAUUCGACACAAAAUUGUGGAAAUGGCCCAUCACGGUAUCCGGCCUUGUGUUAUUUCCAGGCAGUUGCGAGUCUCUCACGGCUGCGUUUCCAAAAUCUUGUGCCGCUAUCAAGAAACUGGGUCUAUCCGGCCUGGGGCUAUUGGAGGCAGCAAGCCCAGGCAGGUAGCAACGCCUGAUGUGGAAAAAAAGAUCGAGGAAUACAAGAGAGAAAACCCGGGGAUGUUUAGUUGGGAGAUCAGGGAUAAGCUGCUCAAAGAUGGGAUUUGCGACAGAAGCACUGUACCUUCAGUGAGUUCCAUCAGUCGGGUGUUAAGAGCCAAGUUUGGAAAGAGAGAUGAUGACGAAGAAAUGGAGAAGAAAGAGGAAGAAGGGGGCAGAAAGACUAAACAUAGUAUUGAUGGAAUCCUCGGGGAGAAAGGUAAUCGUUUGGAUGAUGGGACCUCGGACGUGGAAUCCGAGCCGGACCUGCCUCUAAAGCGGAAGCAGCGGCGGAGUCGCACCACAUUCACCGCCGAGCAGCUGGAGGAGUUGGAAAAAGCUUUCGAAAGGACCCACUACCCAGACAUCUACACUCGAGAGGAGCUGGCCCAGAGAACUAAGCUCACGGAGGCACGGGUCCAGGUGUGGUUCAGUAAUCGCCGUGCUCGGUGGCGUAAACAGGCUGGAGCCAAUCAGCUGGCAGCUUUCAACCACCUGUUACCAGGAGGCUUUGCACCCACUGGAAUGCCAACCCUGCCCCCAUACCAGUUGCCCGAGUCAUCGUACCCAUCAACUACGCUCUCCCAAGAUGGAGGGAGCACUGUCCACAGGCCACAGCCCCUGCCGCCCUCUUCCAUGCACCAGAGCGGCCUGGCGGCGGCAGCAGAGAGCGCCUCCUACGGCCUGGCGUCCAAUCGGCACGGCUUCUCCGGCUACCCUGACAGCUUCAUGAACCCAACAGCACCCAACAACUCCAUGAGCCAGGUCAGCAAUGGACUCUCUCCACAGGUAAUGAGCAUCCUGAGUAACCCUGGAGCAGUCUCCACUCAGCCGCAGCAUGAUUUCUCCAUCUCCCCCCUGCACGGGAGCCUGGACACCUCGAACCCGCUGUCCGGCAGCUGCAGCCAGCGCUCUGAGUCCAUCAAGGCUGUGGAGAGCCUGCCCACCUCUCAGUCCUACUGCACGCCAGCUUACAGCACAUCCGGAUACAGCAUGGACCCCGUGCCUGGCUACCAGUACGCUCAGUACGGACAGAGUGCGGUGGACUACUUGACCAAGAACGUGAGCCUGUCCACACAGAGGCGGAUGAAGCUGAGCGAGCACUCCGCUGUCCUGGGCUUGCUGCAGGUCGAGACGGGACAAGCUUACUGAGGGUGGCCCGGGUCCGCGCACCCUCGCCGAGCAGAAAUACACAGAGCAAAAACCGAGAGAGAAAUUGUCGCCGGGCGUGCGGGUGACGAUCUCUGAGACACUGUGGGACAAUGCUAGAGACCUCGACCUCCGCGCUCGAUCCUCAGCGACCUCCGACGCUCCGAACACGCUUGGGCCGCCGUGCUGAAGCCCGACGCCCGCCUAGAAUUGCCCCCCAUCCCAAAUUGUGCAACACCUUCGAUGGUUUGUAAAGGUGUAUAUUUUUAUUGCUGUUCAAGUUACAUCCACUCCUCCCACGCUCCACCGCCACAGACUGACUCCGUGGAGCCGGCGAGUGCCGUGGCCCGUUCGUCCCCCAUCGGUGACAUCGUGAGCACGGGGCUGUUCGCGGACCGCAGGGCAGGGGAGACCGAGAUGGACAUUUUGAUUCCUCCAGUCAAGCCGCUUCUCGCCACCGGAAACUCUCAACCCCGAGCAGUGACUCCAGGUGGAAGGGCGAGGUCUCCGUCCCUGCAGAGGCUUCACCCACUCCGGCAGCGAUGGGAAUUUACACCGUCCCUCAGAUCCUC